GUUGACAUUCUAUUUUCGUGGUUUUGUUGUUUUCGUCGUUUCUCAUACUCAUUCGCUACUUGGUGCUUAAUAUUUUAUUUACGUGAUAAAUACUUCAUGUAAAAUAAAUAACUCUAUAAAAAUGGAAGCGAAAUUAGAUUUCGAUUCCAAAUUAAUCGAUUUGGUGCGCGCAAAUCCACUGCUGUAUGAAAAGGAAGUGCGUAGUUCACCUUACCAUCUGAUGAAGAAAAAAAGUGAACUCUGGCGUAGCAUCGCAUCCUCUCUGGGUGUAGAAACUAAAUACUGUGUUAUACGUUGGAAGAAUUUGCGCGAUAAAUAUCGUCGUGAGUCGCAAAAGACACAGGAGCUUAAACGCAAAGCUGGCGGUAUAGAAAGCGCACAGGGCGCUACAUGGCAUUUAUUAGAUAAAAUGAAAUUCCUUGACCACCACACAAGGGUACACAGCUCAACCAGCCACAAAAGCGCCGCAGAGAAUCUACGUACGAGUUGGAGUGAAAUGGAAGCCGAGCAACUUAUUGAGCAAUUACCUAAUGACGAUGAUCCACUACAAGAGGCAAUGGAUGAACAAGCCGUCGCUUUAGAAGCAAAGAAACCAGAACCUGUAGUUAGUACAACGUCAACUACUGCAUCAUGCUUAAAACGCAUCGAAACGUUGCUUGAGGGCUUGGAUGAAGAUAAUCGCACAAAAGCUGAAAAGCGUAUCGUCGCGUAUCUUUGUAAGUGUCAGCUUAAAUUUUUGGAAAAUGAGAGUAUCGACGAUAUAGUAAUUUAAAGUAGUUUUUGUAUAUGUAAGCAAAUUUCAAGCCUAGAUCAUUUUAUCCUUUUUUUCAUAACUCUAUUUAUUGAUUUUAAAUAUAAGUGUAAUGGCAGUAAUAGAAACUAAUUAAAUGAUUUUUUAUAUUAAAAAAUGUUAAGUUCAUACUUCUGUAAAAAAUUACAUUGAUUUUUUAAAUUAACGAUUCAGAGUUUAAUUAUAUGAAUAUGCAUUAGAAGCAAUAAGGCAGUAAAUAGCACUACCUCGCCAUUAUUUGUAUUGAUUUAUUGGAUUUUACUCUUUUAGAGCGUGUACAAACAUAUUUUUUUGUCACUUCAAAUAAUAAAACGCACUCAAAUGUA